AUGGCCAGCAGCAAGAAACAAGACGAGGACAGCAACCACGCGGCGGCGUGGCGGAGCACGUUCCUCUGGAUCGCGGACGCCCUGAUGCUCCCCUGCAAGCCCAUCAUCUUCCCCCUGUUCAGCCCCCGCCCGCCCGCCGUCACCGGCACCAUCCUCCACCCCCCCGACGACGACGCCAACAGGAGGCUCCGCCUCUUCCUCCAGGACGGCAGCCCCGCGGGCCCCACUCUCCUCCUCCUCGACCUACCCCUCGCCCCCUGCCAGCUCGCCGGCGCCGCCCGGAUCACUUUCGAGUGCGAGUCCGGGGGCGCCGGCCCGCUGCUGGCGGAGCCCGCGUGGGCGGUCUCCUGCGACGGGCGGCGGGCCGGCUUCGGGACCCGGCGGGCGGCGCCCACGGAGGCGGAGGCCCGGGCGCUGGAGUCGAUGCGCGCGGUCUCCGCCGGCGCUGGGAGGGGCGUCGGCGGCUUCACGUACAUGAGGGGGAGGUUCGACAGGGUGGUGGGUUCCGCCGACUCGGAGUCGUACCAUCUGGUGGGCCCCGCCGGCUUCCUGGGAGCCCACGAGCUCAGCUUCUUCUUCCUCCGCGUCCGACACUGA